GUAUCUUAUCCGACGUGUACUAUUCACUUGACCCCCGUCACCAUCGACGAGAGAUCUAGCUCGGGAUGUCUUACUAUCCCCCUAACCCCACCAGUGCCUAUACAUCGAACCCUGUCAGUUCCUAUGUAUCAAACCCUGCCAGUUCCUAUUCGUCAAACCUCAGUCGAUACCCCAGUUCCCAACACAGGCCGUACAGUCAUCAACAAGGUCCCCCAGCCGGUUCUGAUCCUCAGCUUUGGCAGUGGUUCUGCGCUGUUGAUACUGAUCGAUCGGGCGCCCUCAGCGUCACAGAACUUCAGGCUGCCCUAGUAAACGAGUUUGAUCUCGAUACGGUGAAGAUGCUCAUGAACAUCUUCGAUACCGACAGAAGUGGAACCAUCGGCUUCAACGAAUUUGCUGGCUUAUGGAAAUAUAUUGCCGAGUGGCAGCGAGUCUUCAAGCACUUUGAUAGAGAUCAUUCUGGUUCCAUCGAAGGACGUGAACUUGCGGAAGCCCUCCGCAGCUUUGGGUACAACCUAUCUCCUCCUUUGUUGCAAGCGCUGGAAAUCCGAUACGCAUCUGGUGCGCCUAGUGCGUAUGGCCCCCCUCCUGAGCAUUGUGUAACCGUCAAGACUUUGACCGAAACAUUCCAAAGGGCGGAUCAUGAUAAUGACGGCUGGAUUCAGCUCAACUAUGAAGAGUUUUUGAAGAUCUCGCUGAGUGCGCCUUAAUGCGAUAAAUCGUAUCUGUAUUCGUUAUGGACGUUGGAGAUGUAUGAUAGUCUUGAAAAUACGGUGUUUUAUGUACACGCAACCCUCAGCAUGUAUGAAUGAGUCUGCGACGUCAAAGAUAAUAUU